CUAGCUGAAGUGUUAGCUGGGCCAGAUGAGUUAGCCCCCAGAGCUAGCAGGGCCGAAAGAAAACCUAGACAUGGACGCCGAUGAUCUGGACGACCUGCUGGACGAAGUAGAGGAAAAGUUUUGUCGCAACGUUUCUGUCGCGUCUUCAGUUCGCGGGGAAUCGAGCGAGGCUGGAAAACGUGGGAAAACCACCGACGGACAAAGAAAACACAGUGCCACAAAACCACCGGUAAGCAGCAUCACUGAGGAUAUUGAUGCCCUUCUGGAAGAAUUACUCGUGGAGGACCACGGAAAUUCCCCUCAAGUAAAGAGUGAACAAUUUUCUAAAGGACCCCAAGCGGAAAAGAAGCCAUUAUCUCAGUCUGGGGGGAGAAAGUGCUGUCCUGUGUUCGUUGGCGGGAGCUCCGUCACAAAUGGUGUUGGAACAGUCACAUCCAAGAGGUCCUGUGACCAGUUAAGGUGUGUAUCCUGUGACUUCAGGGUGCUGAUGUUUGAUGACUGUGAGUGGGACUCGUCCUGUGAUUACCUGUUCCUCAGGAACAACAUGCCGGACCGUCAGAAGCUCAGAGCCAGGCUGAAGAAGAGGAGAGGUUUCCGGGCUUACGCCUGCCAGUGCAGCUGGUUCUCCUCCUCUGAGCCGACAGACCUGAGGGACCAGCCUGGGAUCAGAUGGGUCUGUGGAAAACACCCGGACUGAUGUUCACUCCUCACUGCUGCAAAACAGCUGUUAAAAACGUACAGUUAUUCUGGACCAGGGGCCAAAACAGAGACUUGACGGCCGGAAAAAAAACUUCUUUUACUUCUCUGUCUGCUCAUCUGUCUUGAACUCCAUCAAUCCACGUGACUUUUUUCAGCAUCAGAGAUGUAAGGAAGGCGCACAGUCCAACUUCAGGUGUAAAUAUGUGCAGGGAAUCUGCCCCUGGGGGAGCUGUCCACCCCCCGUUUAUGAUCAUUCACCUGACAACGCUUCAGCAUGGACGUACACAACGAAGACACAAAAUCAAAAAAAGACUCAAAAUCAAAAUCUAAUCAAAACACUUGUAACAACAUCUAGGUUUGAUUUUUAGGUUGGAUCAGCCCUGCUUUGGCGGAGCCUUUUCACAGACUUCAUUAACCAGUGACUCAGUCAGUGCAGGUUUCAGUGCUCCAACUGGGCGAAGUCAAACCCUGGUUGGUUUGGUGAUGGUGCAUGUCUGAAUUCUUUCUUACUGUAAACAUCGCUCUUAUUUCUGAAGUCAUUCAUGACUCGACUCCUGCUGCUGCUGAUGACUGGAGUCAUGAGGAAGCUGCGUUUCCUUCAUGUUUUGAUGUUGUGAUCUGACAGACGUGUAGUUUUCUGCCGCGCUGAUAGUCACUAACAUCCUCUGCAGUGAUGACGGUGUGAUGGGAGCUGAUGUGAGUUCAUUCAGCUCUUCACAGUCACAGCAGAGUGAGAUUAAAGCUUUUUGUUUAGCUGCAAACACAAACAAAGCCGCUGUGUGGUGAUUCAGUCAGUGAUGAGUGGGAGAGAGCUGCGUGUUCCUGGUCUCCGCUGACGGUCGAUGACACUGACGAAACUAAAAACCUCGUAAAUCACUUGGUGGUGAUUUUAAUCUUUUUCCAGUUCAUGUUUUUAAAAAACUGAAUAGAGGUGAAGGUUUGAUCCUCGUCAGUACAGAAGAAAAUCUUGUGAUUUAAGAUUUGAAAAAAUGAUGUUAACAGUUAAUGGAUGAUCUAAAUAGUUGCUUAUUAUCUUUGACAGUCGACCAGUUGUUGCAGCUCUGGUGUAUUUUCUUAUUAUUUUCCACAUCACCGUAGUCAGACACAGAAAACGCUUAUUCUUCUCUUUCUCGGAUGCAGAUGAUCAGUGUGAGUUUUUUUUUUUCUUUUUCUGUGAGUAAAUACUGAUGAAACCUGCAGCCAGGAGCAUCUACACGCUGCGUGUUCUCUCAGCUUUUUGGCAGAAAUGAUGAGCACAUACCAGGAUCCAGUUGACACGCAGCCGGACAGAAAGUCUGAGGAAAACACAGGCUUCCUGCUGAGUGUGAGACGGCAGCAGUGGGAGGACCACUGUCCGAUCAGAUGUGAAAUGAAACUGGCUCCGUGAGAGAUGAGAGGCAGCGCUCACAACUUGUUCAACGUGUUGAUUAACUUGUGAAGUUGGUGUUUCUUAAAAUACAGACGCUUGUUUAGCGUCAGGGAGACAACAAGCCCAAACACUCGGCUUUCAACCUUUAUUUAAACAGGAAAGGACACGCCCUCUUUUCUAAAGGUGCCCUGAUCACAGGUCACAGGUCAUAUGAAACACACGCAACCGCUGAUUUCACAGAUUCACCGAUCGCUGUGUGUGUGGACAGUGGACGUUUCCAUACUGAGCCGGAUUCUGUGAGACGGUCUCUGAAGAGAAGGGUGAUGGACUGAGAGAGGAAGACAGAACGACAGAGAUGUGACUCAGCCUGUCUCCUGUCAGACAGCAGGAAGAACAGAACGACGGGACCGCGGAGGAGGAGGAGGAAGAGCAGGAAAACAACAGGCGGAGUGACGGAGCUCUACACGUCGUGGGAUGGAGGACGAAGCGUCGGCUGUUGUCACCUGCUGCCGGACUCAACCUGCCUGUCCCAGCAGCUGAAGGCAGGAUACCAGUGGUCUGUGUAUUUUAGCUUUUCACUACAAGUCACAUUUAAGUCGCACUAACAUCAAACAUUUUUCAGACCAUACCAGCACUUUUUAUUUGUUCAAGUCCUUAAAAUCACACAGCAAAUUGGAGAGUUAAAGUUUUUGGUGUUAGUGACUUUUUGAGGACAGUAGAGUUAAUUACACUCUGAAUAGAGUUAAAUCCCACAUAUUCAACUCUCUGUUGACAUAUAGUUGGAGUGUGUUAAGUGUUACCCGUUUCUGCUGAGCUCUCCGACCAUGCUCCGGGAGCACAGAGGAACCGUGAAAAGUUCCAGGGAUGAGCGGUAUCUGCUCGUGGUUAACCGCCCCCACCCACCUACCCCUAACCUUAACAACUAACCCUAACCCAUGGCAAGUAUAACUAUGCGGGGAUUUUUCAUUUGAUGUGUUCAAUAACAUAAGUAGGUUAAUGCUAUUUUGGAUGAGGGUGUAGCUCGGAUGAGGGAUUAGCUUGGCGUUAGCUAGCUUUAACGUGCUCGUUAGCUAGCGUUAGCAUUAACAGUAAUCACCUCAACAUGGGCUGGAUGGUGAAGAAAAACAAUGAGUGGUCGCUGCUUAUAUCGGUAUAUUACUUAGAUUUCCUGUUUUUAAUUAGUACCUGGUACAAAUAGGGUGACCAGAUGUCCCGCUUUGUGCGGGACAGUCACGCAUUUCCAUUACUUUUCACACGUCCUGCAAAUUGAGACGUUGUCCCGCAUUGUUAUUGACAGUCAGACUCCAGUUUUGAAAUGCGUGUUUUAUGAUCUGGCAUUUAUCAAAUAGGGGGCGGGGCGGGCUGUUUGAUCAUGUCAAUCAAACUGGGUCGCAGUCGCAAGUCAAGUCAAAACGGCAUGCAGUGUGAGACAUGGAUGGAAGCUGAAAGUGCAUUGUCUGUGUGGGCCCGGCCUACCUGCAAUUGUUGCUGUGAUAGAGAGAGCUGAAAGACUUUUGAUAGAGCAGAAUAGAAAUGUUUAUUUUUUUUGGAAGUUCUUUUUGACUACCUUGAUGCAUUGGUAUCCCACAUUGUCCCACGCAAACGUACUCUUUGUCCCACAUCUGGUGAAUUGGGAUCUGGUCACCCUAGGUACAAACAAUAGGAAGACAUCUGUGAGCUAGAGGUCAGUGCUAUAUGUUUUAAAAUGUAAA